UCCAAUGCCCACAACUCUUCCCGUGAUGACGCCGCGCAGCGCACAACGCGUCUCACGCAACGCUCUGUGUUUUGGAGAAGAACGGAAGAUGGCGACCUCAAACAAUCCUCGAAAAUUCAGCGAGAAAAUCGCCCUGCACAACCAGAAGCAGGCGGAGGAGACGGCGGCGUUUGAGGAGGUCAUGAAAGACCUGAGCAUCACGCGAGCAGCGCGGCUGCAGUUACAGAAGACCCAGUAUUUGCAACUAGGCCAGAAUCGAGCUCAGUGCUAUGGAGGGUCACUGCCCAAUGUCAAUCAGAUUGGAAAUAGCAACACUGACCUCCCUUUUCAGACGACGGUUUUAGACACCAGUCGGACGUCCCGACAUCAUGGCCUGGUGGACCGUGUGUAUCGUGACAGGAAUCGCAUCGCUUCUCCGCAUCGUAGACCUCUCUCUGUGGACAAGCAUGGACGUCAGAUCGACAGCUGUCCCUAUGGCUCAGUAUAUCUGUCACCACCUCCCGACACAAGUUGGAGAAGAACCAACUCUGACUCAGCUCUACACCAGAGCGCUGUGAAUCCAGCUCCACAGGACACUUUUGUCGGUGGAUCUCAGGAACUGCAGUCGAAAGGAGUAAAAACAUUGCUGUUGCUCACCCCUCCAGAUACAGAGGACACUGAGUCAGAGAUGGACAAAGACGAGCCCAAAACAUCUCUGCAUUCAGAGUCCUGUGACGUUCCUGGGAUUAACAUAUUUCCAUCUCCUGAUCAAGAAAUGAGUAGCUCUUUGAUGCCAGCUGCUCACAGCACCGGUGGCUCCUUACCAGAUCUGACAAACAUCCAGUUCCCUCCUCCUCUCCCCACCCCACUGGACCCAGAUGACCCCAUUACCUUCCCUACAUCCAGCUCCAGCAGUACCACCAACCUGACACACCUGGGCAUCAGUGCUGCCAGUCACAUCCCUCCCUCCUCUCCCGCCCCCUCGCCCAAUAUCAGCCCACAGCUGCCCUCUACCACACUGCCACCUGCUGUCUCCCCCCAGAUACCCAUCGCACAGUCGAUCACGAUGGACAGUCUGUCUCUGGAGCAGCAGUUGUCUCAGUAUUCACUGCUGAGUUUACUGAACGACCUGCAGAAACAGCCACACAGCUUCCCUCAGAACAUUCGGCUCAUACGCCUCCCGCCUCUCACCGUAAGCUCCGCCCCCAACACCACCAGCCAAUCGCAGACAGCUACAAGCGCAACUGCCAGUUCGUACCGUCAGACCGGCUCUUCAACCAAUCAGUCACCCACAUCUCCAGUGUCCAAUCAGGGCUUCUCACCUGGCGGUUCACCACAACAUAUUCAGGGUGUCGGAAGCAUCUUUGGAGAUUCAUUUUAUGAUCAGCAGCUUCCAUCCAGACAGACCAAUGCCCUCUCAAACCAGCUGGAGCAGUUCAACAUGAACAUGAUGGAGAAUCCGGGCGGCUCUAGUCACUGUUCAACGCUGAACUACACACAAGCAGCCAUGAUGGGUCUAACCGGGAGCCACAGCGGUCAGCAGGACGCACAGCAGCUCGGUUACACUAGCCAUGGCAAUAUCCCCAACAUCAUUCUCACAGUGACGGGAGAAUCUCCGCCGAGUCUCUCCAAAGACCUCACCAGCUCGCUGGCCAGCGUUGGUGACGUCAGCUUUGACGCGGACUCUCAGUUCCCAUUGGACGAGUUGAAGAUCGACCCCUUGACACUGGACGGACUGCACAUGCUCAACGACCCGGACAUGGUUCUCGCCGACCCGGCCACGGAGGACACGUUCCGCAUGGAUCGACUGUGAAUGCACUUCGAAGCCAGACGUUACUCUGCAUGGCCUCUCUGUUCACCAUCUGGUCAGUGGCCAUCCAUGUCCCCCCAAACACCCACAUAACAGCAUGCUGCCAACCCGCUGGAGCCCAGGGGCCGGUGGAGGCGGCGGCUUUCAGGGUUUGGGGGGCGGUGAAGGUGGAAGUGCUGUAUCCACACUGGAUAGUUCCCAAUGCGCAAUACCAUCAACUCUCUUCACGUAUUCAUGUUUUGGCGAGUCGCCAAUGCAUGGUUUCUAUUUAUUCCUUUUUGGUUGUUUAUCCUUACGAUUUCAUGGAUCAUCCUAUGUUUAUAUUCGUAUUUACAUAAUAAGCAAAUUGCCAAAUUUCAUCUAUUUUUUUAAGGUUUACGUAACUAUGCCAUCUGUGUAAUGAUGCGUGUUAAAUCGACAUAUUUAUUUAUUAUAAUUAUUUUUUUAAUUCUAGAUAUAAAUAUAUAUUAUUUAAUCAUAUUUAUGUAAGGAGCACUACUCCCCCAGAUUGUGUAUCAAGGGUUUAAAGGAGCGUUGCUCAUCGUACGCCGGAAGGCAUCAAGUUAGCUUUUACAAAAUAGCUUCCAUGACGAUUCGUUUUGCUGGCUUUUUUUGGUAUCAUCCAAACAUCUCAAGUUGUCACGAUUGGUCUCAUUCUUUCAGUAUCCGUUUUCUUGCAGGAGGACAGCAGUGUCUAAAUAGAAAUGUGACCCAUCUUUCGGUGUUUUUGUGGACUGUCGCGUGACUUUCUGUAUGCAUAUGUUAUUUAUUCAAAUUGAAGGUCUUAUGGCUGAAAUGUACGCUUCAACGGUGGUCGGUAAAUAUGUGACCUUCGAGCUGCUGCAGAAACCUGCUGAACACUUCACUGUGAGAGGACCUGAUUUUGCCUUACAUGAACAAAAUGCUGUUUUUAACUGUUAAUGUGUUUUUCUAAUCGUCUCUGAAGUGUUCUCCUCUCGAUAUUCUUGUUUUAACAAUACCAUUUUGUUUAGUAUUGAGUGCUGUAUAGUUUGUACUUGUACUGCCAAACUUAACUCGAGGUUCUGUUGUCAAAAUGAUGUCAGUCAUCUGGCUUGGGGUGAGUAAUGCUCCUUAUUCUGUGCUGUUUACGGGAGUUUGUGUUUGUCAUUCCCAUGUGUAUGUUCAAGCCCUGUCGCACCUUGAUCAAGCUAUAGGAAGGAAUUAAGGAAUCACUCAUUUACAAUUCAGUGACACAGUUAUGAUCUCUAUAUACAGUGGGGUCCAAAAAACCUGGAAUGAAAAGUAUUAAAAACAACGAAGCAAAGGGGAUGAAAAGAAAGAUAUAUUAGCAUUCAAAUGUGAAUUUUGAGAUUUAUUUUGUCAAACUGGUGCAUUGAUAAUUUUAGAGGCUUUUUUCUACUAUGGAAUAAAGAGAAAAAAACAAACAAACAGUGAAUUUUGACUUAAUCUCACAUUUUUUAUCAUGCAGUUAUUUGUUUAGAAUCUCAUAAUUGUGACUUAUUAUAAAAAAAAAAAAAAAAAAAAUUUGCAAGAUGUUAUCUUACAAUUGCAAUAUGUAAACAUGAUCCUGUGAGAAAAAGUCAAAAUCAUGAGAUAAAAAAGUCGCAAUUACCUUUAUUAUUAUUAUUUGUAUUUUUUUAUUUAAUUUUUUUUUUUGUGGAAGAAAAAAAAACAGAAUUGCAAGACAAACUCAGAAUUUAGAGAAUAAAAGUUAAGUGUGAGAUAAAAAGUCACUUUUUUUUUUUUUGGACCCCACUGUAUCUAACUUGUCAGUCUGAAAACAACAUGUUUAUAAUACAGGUAAUGAAGAGAAAAUUUAAGUUUUUGGCAAUUGAACAAGAUGUUUUCUGCUAAAGUUUUAGUAAUUUCGGAUCAGCCAGAUACAUUUUGGUCAUCUGUGUCUUUUUAAGGGAAAUAAUAACUCUUAAAACUGUGCAAAUCCAAUUUGUGAUUCCUAUGCAAUCUAAACGAAUUAAUCAGCCAACAGUCUGGAAUAUUUCUGGUUGCAUAUAAAGAGCAUAUUUAGGGCUGAGAAAUAGGGAUUGGCUCAGAUGGUGAAUACACUAGUUGGUUUAGAUGUAUCAAAAACUGCAAUACUCGCUUUAGUUUUCCUUUUUCAAACUGUGCCAUUCAGUUUUCAUAUGUUUACCAUGAGCGCGUUUCUCUCCUGAAAAUAGUGUACAUAAUGCUUAGCACUGGAAUAUGACGACUGCAUGUCAAAAUGAGAAAAACCUUUAGAAUGAGGUCUUCGUUAGCUUUUUGGUAUGAAGUCUUCAUUAGCCUGGCUUAUUCCAGUAAAAAGAUUCACUGCACACAAACCAAUGUAGACCCCCGAGACACUGUGCAUGUAUUAGUUAAUGCUAGUGGUGUCAUUUUACCACAUCUAUGAUCAUGUUUAGAAACAGAAUGUAUUUAUGGGGCUCCGUGUUAUGAUUGCAUUACACCAAAAGACCUGCUUGA